AUGUGUGAUUACCACAGAACAACUCCCAAUCAGCAACCCUCAGCGGUCAUCGUGGUUCAUGACUUCACGGGUGGCCGCGUGGCCUGUUCGCCGCUCUUGCCGCACCCGGACGGGAGCGUGUCGUUCUGGCACGAGGGUGGCUGCUAUACGGAGAAGGACUGGCGAAGCCAAUCCUGGCUCAACUUCACAGGGGCAUUCAGACGCUGCGGACCCUCAGCGGUGUGCUUGGCGGAGCAUGAGAUGUGCAGCGGCAGUUGCUUCCAAGAUGAGCAGUGCGAAAUGUUUCCCAUGCGCAUCUGUGAUUCCAAGUCCUGGAAAUGCAAACACAAGCCGCUCUUUGGCACAGCAGCUGGUGCAGACGUGGCUGCAGCCAUAGUUUUCUUUCUGAUCAGCGGGCUAGCGCUGAGUGCGGGCAUUGGCGGAGGUGGUUUGUAUGUGCCGCUCUUGAUGGUGAUGUUAGGCUUUCCAGUUCACGAGGCCACAGCCGUCUCGCAAGCCUGUUUAGCUGGAGGAGCCAGCAGCGCGCUGAUCUACAAUUUGCGGCAGCGACAUCCGCAAGGGCACAAGCCCAUGAUCGACUAUGACCUGGUGCUGAUCAUGGGGCCGAAUCUGCUGUUGGGUGCGAUGGUGGGCAGUGUGAUGAAUUUCUCCUUGCCCUCGUGGCUCAUCUUGAUUUUGCUGAUCUCCAUCUUGGUGCAUUCGGCCUACAAGACCUUUAAGAAGGCUGUUCAAACUUUGAGGAAGGAACGGCACGGUCAGGUGGCCGGGCAACGUGGUGAAGAUCGACUAUCAAAAAACCCAAUUGAGCGGUGCUUGAGGCUCUUUGGCUUGGGAAAACGCUACGACGAAUUCGAGAACUCGAGCAAGACAACGCCAUCCACUCUCGGGAGAACGGUGGACACAGGCGAUGUCAAACUCGAUCUUGACCUGGGCGGAGGCAGUGGCACCUUGAGCAAAGCCAUGGACGCCACGGACGCCACGCCCAGUGACACGACCUCGGUUAGCACCACGGUGGCGAUGCAGCCGCAGUAUCCGCGGGGAAAGUUGGCAGGUUUUCUCCUCAUGUGGAGCAUCGUGGUGGUCAGCAUCCUCCUGCGCGGCGGUCGGGCCUCGCCCGGGAUGGUGGCGAUGUGCUCGGAGACGUAUUGGAUCAUCGGCCUGACGACGGCCAUCAUCCUGGUCCUCCUGAGUGUUUCCUCCUCCUGUCGUGCAGCAGUGGCAGCAGUGCAGGACUCAGUUCAGCCGGAAGAUGGAAGUCUUCAGUGGACGACGAAGACUUCCGUGUACGUGUCGAUUUGGUCCUUGCUCGCGGGCUUCCUGGCAGCCCUCUGUGGUAUUGGAGGUGGGAUGAUCAUGGGCCCAAAGUUGUUGGAGUUGGGUUGCCUACCACAGGUGCAAAGUGCUACCACCGCCACCACGCUCUUUGUGAUGUCCACCUCCACGGCCAUCGCCUUUUGGGUGCAAGGCACGGCGACCGUUGACUACUCCCUCUGGCUGGGUUUCGCCACGGCUCUUGGGGCGGUGGUUGGCAAAGCUCUAGUGGGUUGGUUAGUGAAGCGUUUGCAGCGGCCCUCAGUGAUCAUGUUCUUGCUGGCUGGUAUCAUCGCUCUUUCAGUGGUGGUCAUGUCCAUUACAGGUUUGAUUGACGUGGUGGACGACAUUGUACAAGGCAAUGACAUGGGCUUCCGCGACCCCUGUGCGGAGGCCUCAUGA